CAACAAACAUCCAACGAUUAUCAGUUGCAUAUUUUUCUGGAAUAUAUUUUUUCUGUCCAUACAACAAUAGCGAAUCAACAAAAUUUUUACAGUAUAUUUUAGGUGGACCAUUUGAAGCGGUUGAAUUUUUUUUCGGAAUAACUUCAUCUCCAAUAAAUAAAUAAAAUGGAAAUUCCGAUAGUCCACUAUAAUCAAGAAGAUAAUGUUUGGUUUCGUACUGAUAACAUCGAUACAAUUAUCCGAUGGUCCGUCUUAGCUCUGCCUUUGAUCAUUGUGGUCCUUAUUAUUAUGAUGGUGCUCAUGUGUUAUAAUCAAUGCAGUACUCAAACCAAAACUGUGGUUGGAAUCGAUCCGCGUCAUUUGAAUAUGAACAAUUCUGCAUGGCUGCCAAGCCCACAAUUAGCCUCCGCGAACACCAAAUCUUUGAAAUUUGACGAUACAAUUACGAAAGCAACUAAUCUUAUGCGAAGCCAAAGCAUUCCAGUUAAAAACGUUACGGGGAUGUUCCAUCAGAAUGUCUAUGGAGACAUGAGUCGCAAAAGCAUUAGUUCAUGUUACAGUUUAGAGGGAGAGCUGCCAGAGAGCCCAAUUCAACAAUUUGGAUACGACCCAAUGAAUCCAUUUCAACCAAACAAGACGUUGAAGAAGCAAUACAGCCGAUUAAAUGAGUUGGUGCACAUGACGAAAAACCCAAAAGAUCUGGAAUGUUAAAUUAAAUCACUGUAUCAUGGAGCCUGGAAAUCAUUGCACAUUUCAUUUGUAUACAAUAUUCGAGCGAAACAUUGCCCCCAAUAUGCAUGAUUUUUUAAAAUUUCAUUGAAAACUCAUGUGAACUACACUUAUUUUUGAUAAAAAUUCGAAAAAUUAAAAUUUAAUUUCUUUGAACAAUUUUACAUGGAAACAAUAUACUUUAUUAAAAAUUCGAGUCACCGCUAUUUACUAUCGGCACAAUAGCUUUUUGACAUUCAAUAAAAAAAAUGAUUUGUGAAAAAUGCGAGGGGCAAAACACUCUCAAAUCACUCACAAAUUACUCUUUCAUACUACUUCUAAAUUACGUUCUAUCACCUAGCCUAUUUAGUAGGUAAAUUACAAAUUUUACCAAAAGUCAUUCAUGUAUGACGACAAUGACAUUAAACUAACAUAUUUUUUCAAUGUACCAAUAUAUUACGAUGUGAC